AUGUCAGUACGUCACGUCCCUUGUGUUCUCACUAUUGCACUGUGUUGUGUCUGCAGUUGUGUGGUAGCUGAUGAUGGAGCUCAAGCUCUUGAGGCUAAUCCUAAGCAACCUGGCUCUGAGGGUUUACCUGCUCAUGUUAAUGAACAUUCUGGCGCUUCUCCUUGUCAACCUGGUUCAACUGUUGGGAAAGAUGGUACUUCUCCGUGUUUAGAAAGUGGUGGUGGGGUACGUAAUGAUGAUCGUGUGGUUGGUGGAGCUCUUCAGGAUCCGUUAACGCAUUCUGACCAAAUACCCAAAACCGAAAUAACUGAUCAACCACCUGGGGGAAGUGGUCUUACCGUUGCGGAAAGGGAACUUUCCGAACAAGUUCUGGAACGGAAAGAAGUAGGUGGAGAAAGUGAGGAGAAUCUCAAAAGAGCGGGUGGUGCUGCAAGACCUGAUUCUUCUGAUGGUGCUGGAGUGAGUGGAGCUGCUGGUGUUGCACCUCCUUCUCCAACACGUGAGACUGAAUCAGGUGGAACUGUUAAACUCCAGGAUAAAGGAGAAGCAUUAGCUCCAGCGGUAACCGAAGGGGAUGACUCUCUAGCUGCUGGUCACGGGAAUGAGAGACAAAUAACUGCAGAGGGACAAGCUGAGAAAUUGGAAACCCCACCACAAGAAAGGGAUGGUGCAAGUACAGGGAGAACUACAACAUCUUCAACUAAUGAAGUGAGCAGUACAGGAACUGAAGAAAAUAACGAGAAUCAACAAGCAGAAGGAAAUGGUAUUCAGUCUACUUCACCAACUUCACCUGCACCAACAGAAGGUGAUGCAAUGAGGGAUACUGACAAUACACCCAGUAAUAAUGAGGAAUCAACCUCAACCACCACCACGACAACAACAACAACACUUCCUCCUGAACUCACAAACAACAAGAAGGGUGAUGCAGACAGUAGCAGCAGUAUCAGCAGUUCUGUGUGGGUGCGUGUACCACUACUGAUUGUGGUUACACUGGCCUGUAUUCUUGUGUGCUGA